AUGGAAGAGCAACGCCGCCCUAUCGAUUUUUGGAGACGCCUCGCCGGCGGGAUAAAUAACCUUCUCGUUCUUUUGGUCGCGUUCGUCCAGUCCUUUUUUCACUUUGAGCCACUGCACCCACGUAAGUUUGCUUUUUUUCCAUGUUUGUUUUCGCACGUAAACAGUUCUAACGGGUCGAAUGUUCUUGCGUUUUCAAUCGAUUUUGACUUUUGUUACAAACAAAACCGCUGCAUUCGCCGUCAUUUUCUCCUUGCCAGGAUCUCCCAACUUUGGUCUUUCUGAUGGCUAAUUUUCAAUUGACUUAAAAGUACAGCAAUCCUUCAACUUUGUUCCUCUGCCCAGUUCAUCGGUACUUGCCUUAUCAGUACGUUUUUAUGACCAGAAGAGCAGCCAAAUUUGAAUUUAAACACAACCGUCAGUCACUAUCGCCACUGUGAAAAAAGCAAUAGCUAUUGCACUCUUCGCUCACUGAAUAGCCAUAAUUAGAAAACGACUCGAUUAUUAUCUUUGUGAUGUAAUCCGACAUUAAGUUUGUUCCUUUCAUUGUGUCUGGGCAUACGAAAAAAGCGCCCCAUCGAGAAAAUCUUCCAUUUGUGAUCUCUGAGGACUAAACUUUCAGAAAUAAUUUGAGCUGUUUUCUAUCUUUAUUCGGUUUCGAAAUCGGGGACAUCUAUUCCGAAAAGCCUCGAUAAUUUAGAAUUCUCAGUUCUCUUGCAAUUCGUGAAGACUUUUCCUUUCCACUCUAUUUUCCCAACUCGCCUCAGAUUAGACUGGAGAGCUCGCUCGCUGCAGCCGACCAUCGAUUGUGUGCGACGCGUACUCUCGUUCCCAUAACAACCCCCACCUUUAUCUUUCUCUUUUUCUUUGUUUCUAACAACACAUUCACUUCUCCUCUCAGGCCCGACGCGUCAAUUCUUUUCGGACCCCGGCAUAAUGGAUUAUCCAAGUUUGAUAAGCUUGCGUGAUGCUUUGAGCGCGGAAAACCCGGACGGAGUGGCAGUUUUGACCAGUUUCCGAAAUGUGACUGAAAGUGGAUCUGCUGCAGCCAUUCAUCACGCAGUAUAUCAAGUGUUUAUGUGAGUGUUAACUAAAAAAUAUCCUACAAAUGAUCUCGAAAUUUUGCAGGCACGCUCACAAGUACCUCAACCGCUUUCAUCUGCUGCAACACAUUGUCCGUUUGAUGCCUCAAGACCUUUACAGAGAGGUUAGUUACACAUUAGACGCGACGUAGUCCAUCCCUUUUUUUACUUUUUCAGCAGCGCAUUAACGUUCUGGCUCGUGUUCCCACGUUUUGUCAGAGCUUCCCAGUUUUGAUGGAAUCUAUUUCUCGGCACGUAACCGAGAUUGUGUUGGAAGAGAAUGACUACUUCUACCAACAAGCUAAGAACAAGUACGGAAAGUUCUUGCUAAAAUUUCCGUUUGGUAAGUAGACAAACAUGUGCGACUCACCAAAAAAAAAAGUUUUCCAGCUUACAACAACUAUCGGCUCGACCAGAAUCUGAAUGAAGAUGCGUCGCUCAGAUUUCUCAGCUAUUUGGAGCAGUUUGUCCGUCCAACUCACGCAAAAGAAGAGUUGAUAAAAAGCAAUGACAUGUAUUCUAUUGUUAGUUUAUUCCAACUAAUUAGCUCGUUCUUAUCGGUAUUUUUUUUCAGAUCGCAAAAAAUAUCCAUGGGGAAAGAUUUGAAGAGUUCUGGAAGGAUGUGAUGAUUUCUUCUCACUACUGCUAUCAUAACAUGAUGGCCGCGCUCACUCAUCGAAUACCAGAAGGGCUCAUCACACUUGAACAGGUCAUGAAAUUUAUUGAGCGGAAAUCAAAGACCUGCCGCGCAAACAUCGACAUUGGCAUCGUUGAUCGCAGGCUCGCAGAGACCAUCGAAAAAGAGUUCUGCUUCACGGUGAGCACAUUAGCGUUUUCUUGAAAAUUACAUGUUAGGGCCUUUUCAGGUUCUGAAGCAUGUCGAUCCUCAAAACGCGAACGUGUUCCUCUUGUUCUGUAGACUGCGACGUUUUGUGAGACCACGUAUUAUGAAGAAGGUCGAGAAAUAUUACAUGCGACAUUUGGAUCAGACUUAUAUUCGGGUAAAUUCAACUACCUCAAACUAAUUUUGAACUAAUUUGUACAGAGAUACAACGAGCAAACGCUCGAAGUGCUUGCCCGUCAGAGCACUCUCACUAUCAAACAGCCGGAUUUCACUAAAAUGAAACAUGUUAUUCUCAAGAAAGCAUUGAAAAUUGAGCGCCACAUGGAGAACAUGAGUGCAGACGAAUUACGUAUUUAUUAUGCGGUUUGAUAAUAUUAGUCAGUAACAAAAAUUAAUGUUUUUCUUCAGAUCCUGGCGUCCCAGAGUUACCCCAAAAAUGAAUGCAGACAACACGGAAGCGACGAACUGUUCCGGAAACUUCUUGUCCGUUUGUUCGAGAUGUUGCCGCCAGAGGAUCAGAAUUACGUAAUGUGAUUAUGUUCAGUUCAACUCAGUCAUUGCUUCUUUUCAGUGCGUAAUCGAUUUCAACGAAUAUCAGAGCGUGGUUUACAGUUUGUACCAACUCUACCGCACGAACAUCGAUACAAAGAUUAUGUUGUACGAAACUGAUAGAGCAUGGCGAACAAAGUGAGUUCCAGUUCACUUAGCCGUUUGCAAAGAAUGAUUUUUCAGGUUUUUAAAUGCACUUGACUUCCAUGUGAUGACUUCUGCUAACAUGAAGUACACAUGGAAACACUCGAAUAACGUGACACAAAUUAUAAAGUUCCGCCGUCUCGCAAAUAUUGUCACCUGCACUGGGUCAGUUUUACCUUUCGAAUGUUUUUUUUAGCAAUUUUCUUUUGCAGGCAAGUUCUGGUUUUCCUGUUUGGAGGCCUCAACGACGCUGCAUUCAACAUCAUGCCGUGCUACUGGAACCCCCGAGAAUACUUUGAAGGUAUAUCCCAAUUCCAAGCAUCCUCAUCCUGAACCAACAUGUCAAUUUUCAGAGGAACUUUUCACCGACAGCUUCACUACAAAACGUAUGAUUCCACUGACCAAAAUCCAAACAAGACCGGGCCGCCGUAUCCAGAUGACUCAUCGCCGUCUCUUCAGAGAGUUUGAGAUAAUUGCGGACACUCCAACGGACAGUGAAGAUGAAAAUGAAGAUGGAGAAGAAGAGGAGAAUGGAGAAGAAUCACACGACAACAAUGUUGAAGGAUCGGUAGAGAACGCCGAAAAAUCAGGCCAAAACGUGGACGUCGAUGCCGAUGCCGAAGAGGCAGAAGAAAAUGUCGAACGAGCAGAACAGGACGGUGAAGGAGAUUCGGAUAGCAACGUUGAAGAUUCUGAAGAUGAAGUCGCAUCAGGGGAAGAAGACAAUGAUGAUCAGUACUCGGAAUACACAGUUGCCUCUGACGAAUCGGAAGACGAUUAUGAUGAGGAACAGGAAGAAGAAGAGCACGCUGAUCACCGGCGACAUGAGAUCAUCCGACAGCUCUAUGCUCGCUUGAUGGCAUACAGUAAUCAAAAUGGUGACGACACUGACGACUUUGAUGAUUCGAGUGAUUCAAGUGAUAACGAUGAAGAUGAUGACUUCGAUAAUGAGGAUGAUGAUGAGAAUGAGGUUGCAAAUGAGGAUGAGAAUAAUGGCAGUGAUAACGGCAACGAAAAUGAGGACGAGGCUGAGAAUGAUGAUGAAGAAGUUGAAGAAGCUGGCAGCGGAAGUGAAAGCAUUUAUGAAAGCGCCGACGAAAACGUCGUUGCCUGA